AUGUUGUUUACCGUAAGCUGUAGUAAAAUGAGCUCGAUUAUUGACAGAGAUGAUAGUAGUAUUUUUGAUGGGUUGGUGGAAGAAGAUGACAAGGAUAAAGCAAAAAGAGUAUCUAGAAACAAAUCUGAAAAGAAACGUAGAGAUCAAUUUAAUGUUCUCAUUAAAGAAUUGGGAUCUAUGCUUCCUGGUAAUGCUAGAAAGAUGGACAAAUCGACCGUUCUGCAGAAGAGUAUUGAUUUUUUACGAAAACAUAAAGAAAUCACUGCACAGUCAGAUGCUAGUGAAAUUCGACAGGACUGGAAACCUACAUUCCUUAGUAAUGAAGAGUUUACACAAUUAAUGUUAGAGGCUCUUGAUGGUUUUUUUUUAGCAAUCAUGACAGAUGGAAGCAUAAUAUAUGUGUCUGAGAGUGUAACUUCAUUACUUGAACAUUUACCAUCUGAUCUUGUGGAUCAAAGUAUAUUUAAUUUCAUCCCAGAGGGGGAACAUUCAGAGAUUUAUAAAAUACUAUCUACCCAUCUGCUGGAAAGUGACUCAUUAACCCCGGAAUAUUUAAAAUCAAAAAAUCAGUUAGAAUUCUGUUGUCAUAUGCUUCGAGGAACAAUAGACCCAAAAGAGCCAUCUACCUAUGAAUAUGUGAAAUUUAUAGGAAAUUUCAAAUCUUUGAACAGUGUAUCCACUUCACACAAUGGUUUUGAAGGAACUAUACAACGCACACACAGACCUUCUUAUGAAGAUAGAGUUUGUUUUGUAGCUACUGUCAGAUUAGCUACACCUCAGUUCAUCAAGGAAAUGUGCACUGUUGAAGAACCCAAUGAAGAGUUUACAUCUAGACAUAGUUUAGAAUGGAAAUUUCUAUUUCUAGAUCACAGGGCACCACCCAUAAUAGGAUAUUUGCCAUUUGAAGUUCUGGGAACAUCAGGCUAUGAUUACUAUCAUGUGGAUGACCUAGAAAAUUUGGCAAAAUGUCAUGAACACUUGAUGCAGUAUGGGAAAGGCAAAUCAUGUUAUUAUAGGUUCCUGACCAAAGGACAACAGUGGAUUUGGCUUCAAACUCAUUACUAUAUUACUUAUCACCAGUGGAAUUCAAGGCCAGAGUUUAUUGUUUGUACUCACACUGUAGUAAGUUAUGCAGAAGUUAGGGCUGAAAGACGACGAGAACUUGGCAUUGAAGAGUCUCUUCCUGAGAUAGCUGCUGACAAAAGCCAAGAUUCUGGGUCUGAUAACCGUAUAAACACAGUCAGUCUCAAGGAAGCAUUGGAAAGGUUUGAUCACAGUCCAACCCCUUCUGCUUCCUCACGUAGUUCAAGAAAAUCAUCUCACACUGCAGUCUCAGACCCAUCCUCAACACCAACAAAGAUCCCAACGGAUACUAGCACUCCUCCCAGACAGCAUUUACCAGCUCAUGAAAAGAUGGCACAAAGGAGGUCAUCAUUUAGUAGUCAGUCGAUAAAUUCCCAGUCUAUUGGUCAAUCAUUAACUCAGCCAGUGAUGUCUCAAGCCACAAAUUUACCAGUUCCACAAGGCAUGUCCCAGUUUCAGUUUUCAGCACAAUUAGGAGCCAUGCAGCAUCUGAAAGACCAAUUGGAACAACGGACACGAAUGAUAGAGGCAAAUAUUCAUCGGCAACAAGAAGAACUAAGAAAAAUUCAAGAACAACUUCAAAUGGUCCAUGGUCAAGGACUACAGAUGUUUUUACAACAGUCAACCCCUGGUUUGAAUUUUGGUUCUGUUCAACUUUCUUCUGGAAAUUCACCUAACAUCCAGCAACUCACACCUAUAAAUAUGCAAAGCCAGGUUGUUCAAACUAAUCAAAUUCAAAGUGGAAUGAAUACUGGACACAUUGGCGCAACUCAGCACAUGGUACAGCAGCAGACUUUACAAAGUUCAUCAAGUCAGAGUCAACAAAAUGUCCUAAGCGGACAUAGCCAACAAACAUCUCUUCCGAGUCAGACCCAGAGCACUCUGACAGCCCCCCUGUAUAACACUAUGGUGAUUUCUCAGCCGGCAGCCGGAAGCAUGGUCCAGAUCCCGUCUAGUAUGCCACAGAACAGUACCCAGAGUGCUGCAGUUACUACAUUCACUCAGGACAGACAGAUAAGAUUUUCUCAAGGUCAGCAACUUGUGACCAAAUUAGUAACCGCUCCCGUAGCUUGUGGGGCGGUCAUGGUACCUAGCACUAUGCUUAUGGGUCAGGUGGUGACUGCCUACCCGACUUUUGCUGCACAACAGCAGCAGUCACAGACAUUGUCAGUCACGCAGCAGCAGCAGCAGCAGCAGCAGCAACAGAGUUCCCAGGAGCAGCAGCUCACAUCAGCUCAGCAACCGUCUCAGGCUCAGCUGACCCAGCCACCACAGCAGUUUUUACAGACUUCUAGGUUGCUUCACGGGAACCCUUCAACUCAGCUUAUCCUCUCUGCUGCGUUUCCACUACAACAGAGCACUUUCCCUCAAUCACAUCACCAGCAACACCAGUCUCAGCAGCAACAGCAACUGAGUCGGCACAGGACUGACACUUUGACGGAUCCUUCCAAGGUUCAACCGCAGUAG